AUGGCCCGGAGCACGGCCAAAUGGACGAAGAAAGAAAGAAACAGCCGGAGCAUUCCCAUUGCGGCCAUUGCGCUGUACGGAGCUUUUCAAGCUGUUAGUUGGAUAGCCUCAGAAAAUGCUACAUUUGUCCUGCCACCACAAACUCGACAGAGUGGUUCGCCUGCAGCCAAUUUCCCAUCAGUGGAUUUAUCAACCGCAGCUAGCACGGCAAAUCUCGCAAAAAGCAUAGUGGGAGCUGGAGUCUUGUCACUUCCGUCUGGGGCGGCCAAAGUCUUUGACGCAGCAGAACAGCAAGGAGCAAGUGACCAUGCAUCGGGCAUCGCUGCUCUGCUGUUGCUGUAUACCCUCUUUGGCGCCCUCAAUGCAGGUGGCUUCUACUUGAUCGGAGAGGUGUGUGAACGCACAGGUGCACGCACCUAUCAGGAAGCUUGGAGCAAGACAUUGGGUGACAGGCUCGAAUGGUUGCCCAGCGCAGCUUCGUUGGUGUGCAGUUUUACGGGGAUGGUUGCGUGCAUUACAGUGCUUGGAGACACAGUGUCGGAGUUGGCUAUGACAGUCUCGCAAGACUUUGUUCCCAAAGAGAUGCUGAUCAAUAGCAUCGCUACUUUCGUUCUCCUUCCCCUUUGCUUGCUACCUUCGCUCUCACCUUUGGCCUUUGCCUCGGUCUUGGGCCUUGCAGGAGUUUGCAUCCUGGCUUUUGUCAUGACUAUCCGCUGCUUAGAUGGCUCCUAUGCUCCAGGUGGGCCUUUCUAUAGCGAUGCUCGUGCAGCAGUGGAAAGUCUCUCGCAGGUUGCAGCUUCCACCCAGGGUCACGACACGCUGUUCCAACAGAUCUUCGUUUUUGCUGCGGUGCUCUCGAAUGCCUUCACUGCGCAUUUCAAUGCACCAGCUAUCUUCAAUGAACUUGAGCCACGUCCCACCGGUCCCACUGGACAGGGCAACAGCAGGCUGCCACAGUUUGCCGUUGUUACUUUGGCAGCAUUCUUUCUGUCUGGCUUGGUCUUUGCGGUGAUCACCAUCACCGGCCUUGAGACUUUUGGAAUGUCUGGAGGUCCAUCCAUCUUGGCCAAUUACUCUUCUGCCGACCCCUUGAGUUGGCUUGCAAAGAUUGGUCUUGGAUCAUGCGUUCUGUUUGAGUUCCCACUGUUGGAACGCUGCUUCCGUAAGACCCUUGUAGAGCUGUUCCGCUUUCCGUGGCUUGAGCAGCACUUCCUGACAGUUGUGGCAUCCGUUGCGUCAGCAGUUGCCCUAGCUUCGGUGCCUGACUUCGGCUUGGACAAGACGUCAGCCAUUGGUGGAGCCCUCGGGGCUUCUUUUUUGGUCUACGUGGCACCUGCCCUCAUGGCAUUGCAGUCGGGCAAGAAUGGCAAGCCAGAUGCGUCAGAGGGAGAGUUGCAGGUUUGGGCUCUGUACUUGGAGGUCUUGGGAUUGCAGAAGCAAUGCAGGCUUGAGUGGAGCCUGCAGGAUGGCAUUGAGGCGUUUGAGCACUGGAGGCUGGAUGAUCAGAAACUGCUGGUCGGAAGCUUGUCGGGCGUUUGCGGCGUUUGCGCCCAGUGCAGGUCACCAGAGCUUUCGCUGCUCAACUGCAUCGCUGCUACGAUGUCUCAGGAGAUUCGCUCGAGCGAAGUAGACUUCGAUGUGGAAGCAGCUUUGUCAGCCUUUCUUGCCGAUACGAAUGAGACCGAAUUGCAGUUGCCGGCCUUGGAUACUGAACAACGCAAGAAGGCAAAGAAGUUGGCCGAAGAGUACCCAGAAAUCAAAUGCGAAAGCUAUGGUUUUGGACCAGAACGCAGGCUUCACCUCUUCAAGCAGGGCGUUGCCAAAACGAAAGAAUCUGAUAGUAAGAAGGAAAGCCUGACGGGGCAAUUUGCGUCUGAAGGUUCGACGGCAGUUUCGGGUGUAACCUCUUCAGAAGAAAAGCAAGACUCACCUGCUUCAGACGAAGGGGCAGCAAUGGCUUUGCCAACGCCUGGGUAUCAAAUUCGCAAUACCUUUAUUCACAUCAACGAGGGCCCUGGCACUGAUGUUGUGGAUCAACGUGCGGUUCAAUCAAUGCCACAUGGCAUGUUUUCGCAAUGCCUACAGGAAGAGAAGGAGAACGCUCCAAGCCCUAUCAUUGGCAGUGACUCAGGCAGCACCAAAGAGAUCACGGAGCCUGCCAGAACUUUGCCAGCGGAAGCUCCUAAGGAGAUGUUUGCCCCUGGCACCGAAGUGGUCAUUGAAGGUCUCACCAAAUAUCCUGGUUUCAACGGGUUACAUGGAACCGUGCAGUCGCUGGAUCAAGAAACAGGACGCUAUAAUGUGCAGCUCUCAUCUGCAGAUGGGUCUAAUGGACAGAGCGCCAAAAUCAAGGGCGAGAAUCUUCGAAUGACAGUUCCGCCACCUCCACCAUUUGAGUCGAAAGCUGGCAGGGCGGAGGAGAUCAAAUCGACAAUGCAAGCUAGGGCACCUGACUUUGUGCCCAUGCAGUGCAUGGGGAUGACAAGCGUCCCUCAAAGCCAAUCUUGGCAGGAUCCACGUGGGUUGCAACAGCCACUCUAUGAUCAUGCUCAAUACGAUCCUUACUCGUAUCCAACACCGGCGCCUCCAAUGAUGUUUGCGGCUCGCUGA